AGAAGUUUCAGCGAACGAGGAAAUUUAUCUCGACACAUGAGAACCCAUACACGUUAGUUGUUUCAGUAAACACACCAAGCAAUAAUGUCUUUAUCGCAGUCUCUGAGAGACUUCAUCAGGGAGCGACUGACAGCUGCUGCUGAAGAAAUAUUCACAGAGUUUGAUAAAACCAUCGUCCAGUACGAGGAACAGCUUGAUCGCCAACGUAAACUGCUUGAUGUCAGCUGGAAACCCCAAGUAACCCUACAGAGAAUAAGAGAUGUUGAACAGCAGGUGGUACGGGAGGAGAAGGGAGUUAAUCUUAACCAGAGUUUCUGGAACAAGGAGAGAUGCACAAGUUUGGACCAAGAGGAAGCAGGAUUUCCACAAAUAAAAGACAAACAGAAAGAACUACCUCUCUGGCAGAAAGAGAAUCAGGAAGAUCUGGAAUCUCUACAAAUAAAGGAUGAACACGAGGAGAUAGAAUCUAUACAGAUAAAGGAUGAACAUGAGGAGACAGAAUCUACACAGAUAAAGGAUGAACAUGACAAACUCUGCGUUAGUCUGGAGGAAGAGCUUGAAAUCAAGCAGGAGACGGAUACCUUUGUUAUAACACCUCCUUAUGAAAGAGAUAAUGGGGAACCAGAUCCAAGCAGCAACCGGCUUCAAAAGAACCAAUACGAUGAAAGAAUCGAUCAUGAAAACUCUGAAUCAAAUAGAGAUAAAGAACUGAAACAAAAUAAGAAGUAUCAAAAAACUGGAGGUAGACGUGACAACGUAGAUAUCAAAAAAGUAAAAAAACAGAAGAAUAAACACACAAAUGAGAAUCUGUGCUCUUGUAAUAUUUGUGAUAAAGUUUUGGCUCGAAGUUAUUUGUCUGAACACAUGAGAAUUCACACAGGAGAGAAGCUUUUCUUAUGUACAGUUUGUGGAAAAAGUUUUCGGCAACAAAAUCAUUUGACUGUACACAUGAGAACUCACACAGGGGAGAAGCCUUUCCCCUGUGUGAUUUGUGGAAAAAGCUUUACCCUGCAAAUGGUCUUGACGAAACAUAUAAGAACUCACACAGGUGAGAAGCCUUUCUCCUGUCUAACUUGUGGAAAAAGUUUCAGGCAUAGUGGGACAUUAUCUCAGCACAUGAGAAUCCACACAGGGGAAAAGCCUUUCCCAUGUUCAACCUGUGGAAAGCGUUUUAGUGACAAGAGAAAUUUAUCCCGACACAUCAGAACUCACACAGAUGAGAGGCCUUUCUCGUGUCCAACUUGUGGAAAAAACUUUCGUCAAGGAGGUCAUUUGACUGUGCAUAUGAGAACUCAUGCAGUUAAAAAGUUGUACUUAUGUGAAAUCUGUGGUGCUUGUUUCACUCAGAGUGUUGACUUGACGGAUCACAUGAAAACUCACAAAGGUAAGAAGGUGUAGUCUUGUAGUAUUCUCAAAACAGUGAUGUGAUUUGUUUACUGGUCUUCAAAGCAUCUGUAUCGUUAUGCAAUGCAUGUUUGACCUUCAUGUGGGUGAAGGUCUGACAUUUGCUGACGGAUCGACAUAUUUCUACAUCAUGACAGAGGUUGACUAAUACACGGUUCUGAGAACUUUCUAGAUAGGAACAUUUAGCUCAGUCCAUUUGUACAAUUGUAUGUCUUGUUUAAAAGCAGUUGGGUCACAAACCAACCAAGACGACCCCUUCUCCAUGUUGCCUCUGGUUAUUUUGUAAAACUCCAAAUGACGCCAGAAAGUUUUAGUGAAUGGUGCAAAUGUAACAACCUUUUCAGCAUGUCAAUGUUUUUCUUAGGCCUUUUAAUGAGCUAUCAUUUAAUCCAGGUGCGUUAAACCAGGGAGAGAACUAAAGCAUGCCCUCGAGGACCGACUUUGAGGACCCCUGUCCUACACACAUACCGAUGUACUUUAUCUCUCACCAAACAAAAAAACAUUUAUGCCUCUGUCAAAAGUGUAAUGGAGAAAUUUUGUGGAAAAACUCAUGCUUUGAUAUACCUUGAAAUCAGUAACUUCCCUUGCCUAUUCCCUUCUGCCCUGAGUAGGCUACUACUUUCUUAUUUCAUAAGGAUUGUUUUGGCUGUGCUGUCCUAUGGUAGUAAGUUUGAAAUUGUGGUAGAGGGGCAAGACAUACAGCAAAGGUCAACAGGCCAGGAAUUGAACCUAUGACGGCCACGUUGAGGACAGAGGCCUCUGUAAGUGGGUAUAUAAUUCUGCUUUUGCAUGCUGUACUUUACCAACUAAAUUGUUAUGUAGAGCAUGAAUUUUGUAAAUAGUUUUUCUGUAACCCUUAUACAUUGCUCUGUCUUUAAAGAGACUUUAAAUUCACUGUCUCCUGGCUUUACUCUGUCAAUAUUAUUUACAGUAUAUACGGUGUGUCUCAGGAUAAUGAAGAACAUAUGAUUUCAUUGUAGCAUUGGGUCUUUGAGUAAAGAGAUGAUCUCUCCAGCUUUCAGGCCAAAUCCACUUCUAAAUAAGCACUUGCACAGAUGGUCACGCUGAAAUCAAAAGGCGUUUCUUAAAGAACUGUGUCAGAGCACUGGGAGGAAAAAGGAUUAAUCCAAUGUGUAACAGUGGAAGGAUGUUCUCAUUAAUCUGAUAAGAGGGGACAGUUUGUCUCCAAAGCGUAAUGUGUGUAAAACUGUUACUGUGAAUUGACAAGUUUAGAGCCUGUAGUUCUUCCCAAAACAACAACAAAUAAACAUUUUUGAAGACAAGUGUACUAACAAGUUUACAUACUGGCAUUUUAUCAGAAUCUCCAAGCCAAAAGGCUUAUUUGGAGCUCUAACCUGAUCUUUCUAUUAAAUUUUGAUAUUGUGGCUCUCAUAAAUGCUAUAAACUAGCCUGAUGAUUUUCACCUGACAUUGCUUGGCAAUUAAUUUUUCAACAAGUGUCACAAUAUGAAUGUUAGAUUUGUGGGACAAACUAAAACUUAGCAAAUUUAUUAUUUCAUAAUUGUUUUUCCUUCCUUUCUUCUUAAAAUUUGUACAAAUGGCUCAUAAUAGAAUAAAACAUGUUUUACUUGCAGUGUCCUGCUCAGUUCAUUUCCAUCAGUUGCUUGAAUAGUUGAUAUCCAGUAAUGUACUUUAUGUAAAAUAAAUAUGUUUGCACUGUGUUUUGUGAAAAUGAAUAGAUGUUUUCAUUGUUGGUGUAUUCUUUCUAUAUUUCUUUAAGAAAAUAAAGGCAAAGUA